ACAGGGCAAAGGGGGUGGGGGAGCGGUUUGAGCCACUGUAUAAACCACUGUAUGUCUGCUUUCUGUCAUUUUCAGUGUUCACUCCUUCCUUCUUCAUCUGCGUCUCUUCAGUCGUCGCCUGAAUCUGCUGCAAACUGAGAAGAGGCCACCUCCAUCAUAACAACACACAUAUCGAUAUAACGCAGAGUACGCCUCAGAUGUCCACCAUGAAAUAAAAAAAAUGGAUAAAAAGUAGGUUUAGUGUGCUCUUUCAGGUAGAACUGUGUGUGCACCGUGAGCUAGUUGAAGAAGAUGAGCCUUUUUUCUUCGCUGGAGGAGGCUGUGCUGCUGUGUGGGGGAGUGGGUUACAUCCUGUGGCGUUUCCUGUGUUUGUAAACUAGACGGUCUCGAAAACGUCGGGCGAGUGAAGCUGAAAGUUUUAAUGCUAGAUGAGUGAGGUGGGUGUGGCUUCCCACCAGCCCGACCAUCCUGACUGACGGAUCUCUGGAUGACCUUGUCCCCACCCCUGUCCCUGCGCUCACAUACACCGUUACCACAGCAAUGUCACAUCUGCCCAGCAGCUCAGUCCGCGACCAUAUGAAAUGGGCGGGUCUGCUUGGCUGCGAGGCUGUCCUCUCCAGUAUGGCCCUGAUGCAGGCCAGCUCCAUGGCCGCUCCACCCAAAAAAAUGAUGGCUCCACUUGGCCAUGGACCACAGCAGAGAGAGGGACCUGACCGUGCUCCCCAGAGCCAUAUGAUCCUCCCGUCUGGAAUGAGCUGUCCACCUCUGCUUAUCCGGAAGGAAGGUGAAUUCCAAGCUCCCCGCCUGCUGGACGAGAAGGAGAUGAGGGCCAACGAGGACAUGCAGCAGAAAAAAAAGAACAGGAAAUCAGUAACGCCCUGUAAAGUGAGAGAUCAAGAGGGAAGGGGAGGGAAGGGCACAGGUGGAGAUGAAAAUGGUCCAUCAUCCAAAGUGCAGAAAAAUUUUAUUUGUGAUCACUGUUACGGCGCAUUUAGGAGUGGAUACCACCUGAAGAGACAUAUCCUCAUUCAUACAGGGGAGAAGCCGUAUGCUUGUGCCGUAUGUGACAUGAGGUUUAUUCAGCGUUACCACCUGGAGAGACACAGCCUCAUUCACACGGGGGUGAAGCCGUACGCUUGUUCCAUGUGUGACAUGAGGUUUUUCCAGCGUUACCACCUGGAGAGACACAGACUCACUCAUACGGGGGUGAAGCCGUACGCUUGCUCCAUGUGUGACAUGAGGUUCUUCCAACGUUACCAUCUGGCAAGACACAGCCUCACUCAUACUGGGGUGAAGCCAUACGCUUGCUCCAUGUGUGACAUGAGAUUUUUCCAACGCUACCACUUGGCAAGACACAGCCUCACUCACACGGGGGUGAAGCCAUAUGCUUGCUCCAUGUGUGACAUGAGAUUUUUCCAGAGAUACCACCUGGCAAGACACACUCUCACCCAUACGGGGGUGAAGCCAUACGCUUGCUCCAUGUGUGACAUGAGGUUCUUCCAGCGUUACCAUUUGGCAAGACACAGCCUCACUCAUACUGGGGUGAAGCCGUAUGCUUGUACCAUGUGUGACAUGAGGUUUAUACAACGUUACCAACUGGAGAGACACAGUCUUACUCAUACGGGGGUGAAGCCGUACGCUUGCACCAUGUGUGACAAGAGGUUUUUUCAGCGCUACCACCUGGCGAGACACAGCCUCACUCAUAUGGGUGUGAAACCUUUUGCUUGCACCAUGUGUGACAUGAAGUUUUUUCAGCGUUACCACCUGGCGAGACACAGCCUCACUCAUACGGGUGUGAAACCUUAUGCUUGCACCAUGUGUGACAAGAGGUUUUUUCAGCGCUACCACCUGGCAAGACACAGCCUCACUCAUAUGGGUGUGAAACCUUUUGCUUGUACCAUGUGUGACAUGAGGUUUGUUCAGCGUUACCACCUGGCGAGACACAGCCUCACUCAUACGGGUGUGAAACCUUAUGCUUGCACCAUGUGUGACAAGAGGUUUUUUCAGCGCUACCACCUGGCAAGACACAGCCUCACUCAUAUGGGUGUGAAACCUUUUGCUUGCACCAUGUGUGACAUGAGGUUUGUUCAGCGCUACCACCUGGCGAGACACAGCCUCACUCAUACGGGGGUGAAGCCGUAUGCUUGUUCCAUGUGUGACAUGAGGUUUAUUCAGCGUAACCACCUGGAGAGACACAGCCUCACUCAUACGGGAGAGAAGCCAUUUGCUUGUGACAUGUGUGAUAUGAGGUUUAUCCAGCGCUACCACCUUGAGAGACACAAGCGUGUCCAUAGUGGGGAGAAGCCAUACCAGUGUGAACGGUGCCAGCAGAACUUUUCACGGACAGACCGGCUCUUGCGGCAUCGGCGGUUGUGCCAGGGUCGCAGCGUAGCGAAAGUAGAGAACCAGCCAUGCUGCGAACCGCGCCCAUAUCCCCAAGAACCCCCGCCCGCACCCCCAACCUGGAGUCCCAUGCAUCCCCCUCCAGGUCGGCUGGCGGUCUGACAUUCCACCUUACCUACAUCCACAACACCGCCAGAGACGGGACAAGCCACAGGGUUUCUUCUUCUCAGCUCUGUGCUGAGUGGCACCACACUCUAACACAGACUGAUCUUGCAGCUCCAGUCUUGGGAUUACUAAUGACAGAGGGACAUUUGUGUUUUCGUUUUGUUGACUUCUUACUGUGUUCCCCCCCCCACCUUUUUUUUUUAAAGACGAGACUUUUCUGUGAUGAACAGUGGUCCAGUGGUUUUGUACUUAAUCUGUUUGAUUUUUUUGCAAAAAAAAAAAAGUUUUUAUUGUUGUUCAAAUAUAUCUGCAUUUGGUGGUACUCGGGAAGGGCAGUGGGUAUUGUUUAUCCUGACAUCUUGGCAACAAAAUGGGAUGCAGUGGUGAGGAAAAGCAUUUGAGCCUCUUAUUUGGCCCAUUUUGUCUCAGAAGCAUUGCCACUUAGGUCAAAAUAAAUAAAACUGAACUUUCCUUUCAGGUAAAGCAAGGAAACCACUCUUGAUAUCUCAUUUGGACCAGAUCUUGUUUGCCAUUGCAGCUAAAAUAAUGUUUACCAUGGAGGCACCAACCUGACAUUAGGCCUGUGGUGGACUUUCCCAUGAUAAUGACUUGUAGUCAGUAAUCCAGACAUUUCACUCUUUAUUGGUAAGCUGCGUCUGGUCUAAAUAUAAUUUGAACAAGAGGAGUUUUCUGACUUUAACAGCACAGGAGGUUCAGUUUUAAUGCUUACUCUGUGUAAAUAAUUCAAAAUGUUUAUUAUUGUUUUACUAUGGGGCUUUGAGAGGUAAUUUUUUUAAUCCACAAAAUGGGCCAAAAAGAAAGCAAAAAUUAGAAUCGGGUUCAAUUUGUUGCCACUGUUUAAGUGGAAUCCUGAGUAACUGAGUGUGUUUAUUAAAAAAAAAAAAAAAAAAAGUAAUAUCAAACAGUGCUACAUAAUUGUAAACCAGGACUUCCAAUAAGUGGAUGAUCAGAGAGAAGCCUGCAGCUGACUAGUUCUGUGUCAGACACGAAGGGGUCGGGUCACAGGAGUAUCACCUGUGUAUCUCGUGUUCUGUGUCGUAUGUGUGACAUGCUGAUGAUCACUCAGGAAAUGGCACAGGAUGACAGCCUGAGCAAGUCCUCCGCUAGAGUCCCUGCUAUUGUAAGUGCAGCUGUAUAUAUACAGUGUGUUAUACGGUGAUCUCCAGUACUACAGCAGACAACUCUCUCUCUCUCUCUCUUUCCAGCUCUGUCCAUAGAUCUUGGUCUAAAAUAGUGCAGGUUGGCCACUUGAAGUCCCAUUAUGUUUGUACAGAUUUCUCACAUGGUGAGAUCAGUGGGGGUAUACAAAAUCUUGUGGCCUUAGUGUGUUUAUUUCUUUCUUUCUUUUUUUUUUUGCCUUUUUUCUCAACUGUUAUUAUUAUUGUGGAUCAGAUGUAUUUACUAAGACGAGACAGCUUUUCAUCAUCAUGGUAUUUCUUUCCCUCAAAGCUGUCAUGGUUACAGAAUGUUGACUGUUUCAGACUAAUGUUUUCUCCUGUCAAAAGAGGUGGUAUUUUGAUGAUGAUGAUGAUGAAUAUUUUGGGUCAUUGUUACUGAUAACGGUGUAACACAAUAUAUAAUCCUUAAGGAGCCCCUGGGAGUUUGACGGUCCUCGUAAGAAGUCGGUAGUGCUGAAUUGUUUCCCACUGCAGUGCUUUGGCCGGUCGCAGGCCACAGCAGACUCAACACUCGCUUGACUCUGCAACACACUAACAAUUGCCUUUUUUAUCCAAAUAUUAUGUGGUUGGUGUGUAUAAUGGAUGUCUGUCAUGUCAUUGGGUUUAGCCUUAAGUAAGUGCGGAUACACAAAUAAUCAUUGUAGUACUAAACAAUAUUGUAACGAACAAUUUCUUUUACCUAUGAUGAACUCUGAUCGUACUGUGGGAAAAGUCUUUUGACUGUCAGGCAGCAGAGAGCCGGUUAAUCGUGGCCUCCUUGCUGCCCGUGGAAUAAUUUCUCAAACUUGAUCCUUUCUGUGACUGGUGAGCGAGCAAUUUGCCUAUCCAUAAUGUUUAACUGAGAAAUGUCAGUGAUGUUGGGAGGUUUAGUCUGCAAGGCCAAACACAUGUACAUAUUAAGACAACCAUUUGAUGCCACAGCUAUGUAGGUGCAUAUGACUGACACCAUCAGUGGUGGUUUUGGGGGACAACAGUCUCAUUUGGAUCAGAAAGAUGGGUUUUUGUUGUUUUUUUUUAUUUUUUUUUAUUUAAAGGUUCACAUCAGCCUUAGACUGAAUGUGGAAAUGUGUGAAAUCCCAGAGUGUCUCUCAUUUGUAGGAUGUUCAUGUUCAGAUUGCUGAGUUAAGUGAUAUUUUACCAGUAUUAAUGGGAAGCUUCCUUUAAAUGAUCCCUUGGUAUUCAGACAGUUAAAGUGCGCACAGAGAUGGGAUUCAGUUUUAAGUGACUUGGUAGAACAUAAGAAAACUCAGUGGCAGCAAAGGGACAAGUUUGAGAAAUGUAUGAAUUUGCUCUGGAAACACUAUUCCAAAAUCUGCGGAAGGGAAACUGCUGGCACGAGCACAUAACUAAAAAUGGCUAAAGGGCAAUACAGUAUAUAGUGGACGUCACUUGUUAAUACCUUUUUGUCAUUUAUUGUUUUUAGUAUUAUCGAUCUCAUUGUUAAAAUGCAAUAGAAUCCUUGAGCCUCAGAUCAUUUGUUUAUAAGAUUGAGGUUUAAUUUUUAAUUUUUUUUUCUUUUUUUCAGACAGAUCAAAUGAUUUAUUUGUCUGAGAAUUUCUCAUCGCAUUUUUGAUGAUUGUUUCAAGGACCUUUUUUUAUUCUGAUAAAAUUGUAAACACUGGAGUGAAAGGAAGAAAAAAAGAUGGAUUUUUUUUUUUUCCUUCAGACUGUACUAGACAAAGCCUAUUUCUCCUCAAACUGACAGAGAAGGCGGACAGAACAAUUUGGAUCAGUACAGUUGAGAGCCCAGUAUGUUCGGUAAUUUUGACAUUAGAGGCAGUAGUACCACAAGAAAAUGUUUUCUUUCUUAUACAAAGUCCCUGGUAUUUGUAGUAAAUUAUAUUGAUAAUGGUAUUAGAUGAACAACAGCAUAACAGUAGCUAUCACAGAUUAGUUGUUUUCUUUAUUAGUCUUGCAUGCAGAGUUAUGGUCCUCAGUUAAAAUAGGAUCUUGAUAUUGAUUAUUUUGUGUAGGAAAAUGAGUGCAUAAGAAUAACUUCCUAAAAAAUGUUACAAUGAUUAUUGUAAAAUGGGCUAACUAAUAUGUACCCUUGUGAUCCAAUUAGUUUCAACUGUAUGAAAAUCAGAGGAGAGGCUUCUUACUAUUAUGCUGAAAUAAAAGAAUUUGUAAAGGA